AUGCCACGAGUUUGGACCGGAAAGGAAGACAUUCGAGCAAUUACCAAAACAGCUCGCUCUGCAUCCUUGGAGUUGUUAUCUGUAAUGGCUGCAAUUCGUCUGGAUGAUGACGUUGAUAACAUUGAGAAUACACUAUCGUCUGCUUUGAUGGAUACAAAGAACAAUGCUGCUGUUAAAGACAGAAGUAUCACAACGUUUGACCCACUGGCAUCAAGCUCUUGGGAAGAGAUUCCAUCCUCAAGGACAUUGAUCACACCUGUCCAGUGCAAAUCUUUGUGGAGGCAAUUCAAGAUAGAGACAGAGUACACAGUCACUCAGGCCAUUUCUGCACAGGAAGCCCAUAAACGUAAUAACAACUGGUUACCACCCCCAUGGGCAAUUGUUGCCUUGGUUGUGCUGGGAUUUAACGAAUUUAUGACACUUUUAAGAAAUCCUUUGUAUUUGGGUCUCAUCUUUGUAGGUUUUCUACUCGUUAAAGCCCUAUGGGUGCAGUUAGACAUUUCGGGCGAAUUCCGCAAUGGUGCUCUUCCUGGGCUUCUUUCUUUAUCUACAAAGUUCGUUCCCACUAUUAUGAAUCUUCUCAGAAGACUAGCGGAGGAGGGGCAGAAACCUGCAACUACAGAUCCUCAGAGAAACCCUGCUCUAGCAUCAAAAAAUUUUCAGAAUGGAUCAAGCUCAAUUAGUGAUUCCUCAUCAAGCGCUUCCUCCAUGGUGACUUCGCCAAAAAAAGGGACCGAGUACUCAAGCACCUUAAAAGACGACUAG